AUGCAUUUUAUUUUAUUUCUGCUAAAUCUUGCUCAAGCUGUUUAUUUUACCCUUCCUGGGCACAUGGAGAAUUGCUACUAUCUAAUGGCAGCUAAAGGAAGCGAGGUUGUAGGUGCUUAUGUGAUUUCUGGGGAUGGCGACCAAAAUGUGAUCACAAGACUUUUUGGGCCUGACGCAAGCAUUCUCUACCAAAGCCAAAGGAAAACGAGAGAAGGGCACUUUGAGAUUUUGUCAGAAAACGGUGGAAAAUACAAAUUUUGCUUCCGAGCUAUAGAUGGAGCACCAAAAACAGUGAGCUUUGAGUAUAAAACUACAGACAAAGUGAGUGAAAAAGAAUUGGCUAAGGAAGAAGAAAUUGCACCAUUAGCAGAAGGGCUGACAAAAAUGACAAAGAAGCUUGAUAUGAUUUAUAGGAAUAUUCAUUUUUAUGCAUUUAUAGAAGAAUUUUCUAACAAAUAGGCUUUUUUUUUUUGAAGAAAAAAAUAAAAUAAUUAAUCAUAUUGGCAGGGAUAUGAAAGAAGGGAAAAAGUCCAUCGAGAUUUAACUGAAAGAACUUGCGAUAGAGUUAUUUAUAGUGCAAUUUUAAAGAUUUUGGUAUUAGGAUUGAUAUCGCUGAUGCAGAUUUAUAUGCUGAGGAGGUUCUUUUCAAAUAAGGGAACAAGCAGAGUUUAG